CCUCUUCAAACUAUUUUUCACCAUCCUAGAGAGAGAAAGGAACUAAAAAUAAAAUUUAGGAUUUUUUCUGUGAUAUUUUCUUGAAUUCUUUGAUUUAUGGACAAAGGUUGGGGUUUGACCCUCGAAAAUCCUGAUCAGCGCUCUGCUGGGUUCUUCACGAACAAGCCGGUUUUCGGGUUUAAUCUUAGCCCGCGCUUGAAUCCGAUCAACGCCGGCGGUAGUGGCGGUAUGAUUCCGAUCAACCCCGCCGCCGAGAAACGUGGGCCGCCCAACGAAGUUGACUUCUUCUCCGACAAGAAACUGCCGCCGCCGCCGCCGCAGGCUGCGGCGGCGGAUAUCGUCGUCAAGAAAGAGAUAACCUUGCACGGCGAACCCGUCACCAAAUCCGAUUUGAACGUAAAUACUGGACUGCAACUUGUGAUUGCUAACGCCGGGAGUGAUCAAUCCACGGUGGACGACAGUGUUUCAUCGGAUAUGGAGGAGCGACGAGCCAAGAACGAUCUGUCAGUGUUGCAAGUGGAGCUGGAAAAGAUGAACGCCGAGAAUCAGAGAUUGCGAGGGAUGCUGUCGCAGGUUUCCACCAACUACAGCGCUUUAAAGCAGCAUCUCGAGAAUCUAAUGCAAUCGCAGAAUCAGCAAAGUUCCAGAAUAGGAAGCACACAAGAUCGUGAGAUUGUUGACAGAAAAUCCGAGGAAAAGAAGCCUGAGAAAGAAGAAACCACUAUUCCGAGACAGUUCCUGGAGUUGGUUCCCGCCGCCGGCGGUGCGGCGGCGGAUGAGCCGUCACAGUCUCAUACUUCGUCGGAGGAGAGAACACUGUCUGCGGGUUCUCCGAGGAACAACACCGAAUUGUCGAGGCAUAAAGGGAUUGCCAGGGAAGACAGUCCAGAUUCAGAAAGCUGGGCUCCUAAUAAACUCCCAAAGCUGAAUUCUUCCAAGCCUGUUGAUCAAGCUGCCGAGGCUACCAUGAGGAAAGCCCGUGUCUCCGUUCGGGCCCGAUCCGAAGCUCCCAUGAUUAGUGAUGGAUGUCAAUGGCGGAAAUAUGGACAGAAAAUGGCAAAAGGAAACCCGUGCCCACGGGCUUAUUAUCGGUGCACCAUGGCGGUUGGGUGUCCGGUUCGAAAACAAGUGCAAAGGUGUGCGGAGGAUAGGACGAUUUUGAUCACGACUUACGAAGGGACGCACAACCACCCGCUGCCGCCGGCCGCCAUGGCGAUGGCGUCGACGACCUCGGCGGCGGCGAACAUGCUACUUUCCGGCGCCAUGCCGAGCGCCGACGGGAUGAUGAAUACUAACUUUCUUGCAAGGGCAAUUCUGCCUUGUUCUUCUAGCAUGGCAACUAUUUCAGCUUCGGCGCCUUUUCCAACCGUUACCCUUGACCUCACUCAAACCCCCAAUUCUUUGCCUAAUUACCAAAGACCCCCAACUCAAUUCCAACCCCCUUUCGCGGGAGCCCCUCAAAUUCCCCAAAAUUACCCUCAGCUCCCCCAAGUUUUCGGUCAAGGUUUGUAUAAUCAGUCAAAGUUCUCCGGCCUGCAUGUUUCCCAUCAGGACAUCGGCGCAGCCGCGGCUCAGGCGGCGCAGUUGGCUCAACAGCCGCGCGUGCAGCCACCGCCGCCGCAACACCCCUUGUUCGCCGACACGCUCAGCGCCGCCACGGCCGCCAUCACCUCCGACCCCAACUUCACCGCCGCCCUCGCCGCCGCCAUCUCCUCCAUCAUGGGCGGUGGCUCCCAGCCGAAUAACGCCACUAAUGCCGCCGCCGCCGCCGCCGCCACUAGCAACACCAACAAGACUAGCAGUUUCCCGGGGAACUAAAAUUCAUUGUUUCAUUUGUUCUAAAAAGUCUUUCUUGGGGGUAUAGAUCAAUUAUCAACAUUUUCUUUACAUUACUCUUUUUUUUUUUUUUUUUUUUUUUUUCAAAUUUUCUGUCACUUGGGGGAAUUAGGACUACAUGCACUAAGAUAUUUUCAUUCUUUUGUACACUGUUUUUUGUUAGAAUAAUUACCUGUUCUUUAGUUUUGGGUAACUAUACAUACACAAAAGUAAAAACAUUUCAUGUAAUUAUUCUAUACCGUCUCCCUGUUGUGCAAAAAACACCAAAAUAUUCUCCUUCUCGUCAAUUCAACCAUACUUUAUCAA